CUCACAGCGCCUCCUGCAGGCACAGACAGGGACAGGAAGUGCGAGUGAGUGUUUCCGGCGGCCGGGGUUAAAGCUUCCAGUGUGUGUGUGUUUGUGUAUUUCGCUGCUUUAGAGGAUGGAGGUCACAAGACAGAAUUUUAAGGAGGUUCUUCCAGAGGUGUGUAACGCGGUGCAGGAGGCGGAUUUCAUCUCGAUAGACGGAGAGUUCACAGGAAUCAGUGAUGGGCCGUCAGUCAGCGCUCUGACCAAUGGACUGGACACACCGGAGGAGAGAUACACCAAACUGAGGAAGCACUCCAUGAACUUCCUGCUCUUCCAGUUCGGCAUCUGCACCUUCAGAUACGACCAGAACCAGUCGACGUACAUCACUAGAGCCUUCAACUUCUACAUCUUCCCCAAGCCCUUCAGCCGCACGUCUCCAGACGUCAAGUUCAUCUGUCAGAGCUCCAGCAUUGACUUCCUGGCCAGCCAGGGCUUCGACUUCAACAAGGUCUUCCGCAGCGGGAUCCCGUACCUGACGCGGGAGGAGGAGUCUCAGCUGAGGGAGCAGUAUGAGGAGAGGCGGAGUCAGAUGAACGGGGCGGGGCCGGUCACAUACACGCCACCCUCCGGAACGGGCGUCUGCAGCGUGCCUGAGGACCAGAGAGACUUCAUCAGGACCGUGGAGCAGAAGGUGGACACUCUCCUGAAGAGCUCUGAUCAGACUCUGGAUCUGGAGCCCUGCACCGGGUUUCAGAGGAAGCUCAUCUAUCAGACGCUCAACUCAAAGUUUCCAAAACUUCACGUGGAGACGCUGGAGACAGAGAAGAAGGAGCGUUUCAUCCAGAUCAGUAAGGUGGAUGAAGAGGAGAGGAGGAGGAGAGAGCAGCAGAAACAGCAGAGAGAGCAGGAAGAGCUGAACGACGCUGUGGGUUUCUCUAGGGUUGUUAGAGCCAUCUCCAAAUCUGGGAAGCUGGUGGUGGGUCACAACAUGCUGCUGGACGUCAUGCACACCAUCCAUCAGUUCUGCGUGACGCUGCCUGAGGAGCUGGAUGACUUUAAGGAGGUGGCCAUGUCUGUGUUUCCCAGGCUGUUGGACACCAAGCUGAUGGCGUCCACGCAGCCCUUCAAGGUAUGUUUCGUGUGUGUGUGUGUUGGUUUUUGUUUAAGUGUGUGUUUAAUGAGUGUUUGUGUGCAGGAGAUCAUCAGCAACACGUCACUGGCUGAACUGCACAAACAGCUGAGAGAAAAACCCUUCAAAUCUCCCACCACUGAGUGUCCUGAAGGCCUCCGGAGUUACGACACAUCCACAGAGCAGCUUCAUGAAGCAGGUUACGACGCCUUCAUCACUGGACUGUGCUUCAUCUCCAUGGCAAACCACCUGGGGUCUUUCCUCACUCCUCCAAAAAGUCACAUCUCUGCUCGCUCCAAACUCCUCGAACCCUUCUACAACAAAUUAUUCCUGAUGAGGGUGAUUGACAUUCCCUACCUGAACAUGAGUGGACCUGACCUGCAGCCCAAGAGAGAUCACGUCCUGUACGUCACGUUCCCUAAAGAGUGGAAGACCAGUGACCUGUACCAGCUCUUCAGCGCCUUUGGUAACAUCCAGGUGUCGUGGAUCGAUGACACGUCGGCGUUCGUGUCUCUCAGUCAGACGGAGCAGGUUCAGAUAGCCAUGAACACCAGCCGCUACGCCGAGAGCUACCGCAUCCAGACCUACGCCGAGUACCUGCAGGCCAGGCAGAAGAACACCUGCUCCAGCAGGAAGUGGGCCUCCGACGGCUGGGCGGACACUUCCUACAGCACUGCUGCCAUGGUGACCAGCCGGCUGCAUGCGGUCAAGAGGAGCAUCAGUCCAUCUCUGGAGGAGCAGAAUCAUGAGGCUGACAGCAGCUGGACGACCUACAGCAGCGUCAAGAAGAUCAAGACUGACGGAAGCUGCUCACAAACAUAUGCUGAUGUCACUGGUUCUGAGGCGUCCUGUGAUUGGCCCAGACUGCAGCCUGAGGGCGGAGCCUCUGCGAGCCCAGUGCAGGAGGAGGCGGAGCCUGAGGAGUCCUCGGCCAAUCAGAGUCAAGGUAAAAGGAGCCGCAAACACAAGAAGAGGAAGUCAGACGCUUCUGAAACAACACCGCCGACGCUCUUUGACGUUCCUCGGGUUUGGUAGCGAGAGCUCAGCAGCCAAUCGGGACCCUCGCUCAGCCCAGGCGUCUCCAACAGCCAAUCAGAAGACUGCACUUAACUCCUGACGCCCGGCGUGUCGUCUGUGACUUCCUGUGACCUCCUGUGACCUCUCCUUACGUGGCCGAAGUUCAGAGCGUUUUAAAGGUGCUGAAGUUACUGAGCCAUUUCCUGUGUGUGUGUGUGUGUGUGUGUGUGUGUGUGAGAGAGAGAGAGUAUUUUACCGCGGUUUCCCAGAACGUUCCCUCAUUUUAACUGUCGACGUGUCCUGCAGGUUUAUUUAUUCCUCGUAAGGGUUUGUUCGUCUUUAGUUCCUUCAGAUUACCAGUGAGGAAGAAAAAAAAAAAAAAAGAAAUGACGUGUCAAAGAAUGUCUAAUGAUGUCAUCACGAAUGUCCUGUUCAAAUCCUUGUAUUUUUUUUUUUUUUUGUAUGAAAUGUUCAACUGUUCCCUUUUCCAGGGGAGAUGAAAUUAAAGAGUCUUUCUUAGUA